CCCUUUUAGGAAAAUUCUCAGUUCCUUCUACUUAAAGCAAGAGGCGUCCGAAUGCGACUGCCAGCAUAAAUGUCAGGAACCAGAAACGAUGGACUCAGCCAAUCUCUCUCAAGCACCCAAUACAGAUAAUUCUUUCCGAUUCAUCACGACCCAGAAUCCAGAGUCUGCGAGGGAUCCUGCAGUCAGGCGCCAAGUCCGUUCGCAUGCGGUAAAGCACGCUCUUCAAGACAAGAGAAAGCUUGAACGAGAAUUAAGUGCCAAUUUCCGUCCUGCAUCAAUUAGUGCUGCGAGAAUUUCAGUAGUAGAGAAAGGGACACAAACUUCUCAGUCGCUCGGCAAGCUCUACUCGCCUCUCGCUUCUGCCUAUACUUCCCCUAGGCUGGAAGUCUUGAUAAGUCAUCAUGCGGCUAAAGAGGCCGCUGAGCCAGUGUUCAGUGUUGCCAACGAUGUCGCCUUUCAGACGUUCCCAUUGGUUUUCCGGACAGGUCGAGAUGACCCAGCACUUCUCAAUGCUAUUCUGCUCACAUUUGCACUCGCGGUUACUGGUGGCAUUAUGAAUCAAGAAUGUCUUGGUUAUCAAAAUAUGGCAAUGUCGACUAUUCGUGAAAGGAUCAGCUCCCCGGACAGGCCUGUUUCGGUAGCCACGCUGGGGGCUAUUCUGCUUCUUGCCGGCGUUGAGGCUCGCUUGGGGAUGCCCCUCCAAGUUCAACUGCACAUGACAGCGAUCAGCCAAUUGCUAGAUUUAUGCAGAGCAAGUGACGUUUAUUUGACGGAUGGCAUCAAACGUGCUAUUUUCUGGCAAGACUUGAACACCUCCGUCAUUACUGGAUCGAAACGAGUAGUUGAUCACACGACUUUCCCCGAGCUUCAAUGGAGAAGAGAUCCGUUUUCGUUAAAUUAUUUUAUUCUACCCCCAGGAUUCCAAGACCAAACUCACUUGUUCACUGAGGAGUUUGUCGAAGUUCUAAAAGACAUUCAUGCACUGCAAUGUAUUCGAGACUCUUCGGACUUUAUCGCGGAGGACACAUUAAUGAUGGUAAAUCUUGAUAAUCACCACGCAUCUAUCGAAUCCAGACUUGCAGGAUUGCCAAAUUCUUCGUUGUUUUCAGAGUGUGUUCACUUUGCUGCAUAUUUAUGUGCCUGUAUGCUCUGUUGUAAGGUUUAUCGUCACUCGGUUAUCCCAUCUCAGAUUUCGGCUAAACUGCUCCAGAAGCUAGAACAAGUCCAUGGGGAUAGUAUAUGGGAUCACUGGGAUGGUCAAACUUCAUGUCUACUCUGGCUCAUUUUCAUUGGCGGAAGUUUUGCCCCAGUAGGUACUAAAUCGGGAUAUAUCGAGCUACUUCGCUUCAAGUAUGCUACCAGGUUUGCGAACAGGUACCAGUCAUGGCCAGCGGUGCACGAAGUCUUGAAACAAUUUAUCUGGUCAGAAAAAGCAUUCAGUUCACAAGUCAAAACAUUUUGGGAAGAUGCGUCCUUUGUACCCAACGCUAAUAGAAACUUUGAUUAA